AUGUCUUCCGACCAAGAGCAACGCCAAGAGGACCCCAAACCUCACCUCAAGAACAACCCUCACGGAGACUUCAAAGAGGCCGAGGCUUCACGUGAACCAUUCGAUCGGAGUGUCCAGUGGCGAAUGACCCAGGCUCCCAACCCGAACUGGAAGCCAGGAGACGGCGCCAAUGACGGCGGAGCCUGCCUGAAGAAAGAACACAUUGCCAUUGACCCCUACGAAGACGGCAGACCGGCGAGAUUCAAUUACAAACUGCUGAUCAGUGCCAUCAUCCCUCGACCGGUGGGAUUCAUCAGCACACGCAGCAAAGACGGCAGCUCGACGAACCUGGCUCCAUUCUCGUACAUGCAGGUCAUCAAUCACGAUCCUCCGAUCUUCAUCGUGGGACACGCGGGUGGCCUGGAGCAGGCGAAGGAUAGCCUGAGGAAUCUGGUGGAUUCGGGAGAGUGCACGAUCAACAUCAUCAGCGAGCAUUAUGUGGAGGCCGCGAAUGCGACGUCGGUGAACGCGCCUUAUGGAAUCUCCGAAUGGGCCUUGACGGGAUUGACCCCGGCGGAGUGUAAGCAGGUCAAGGCGAGCAGGGUGAAGGAGGCCGUCUUCAGCGUCGAGGGCAAGUUGAUGGAAACGAAGGAGUUUGAGAGUCGCGCUACGCCCGGGAAGAAGACGGGUGUGUUGGCCAUCAUUGAAGGUGUGCAAUUCUGGGCGAGAGAGGAUGCUAUUAAUGAGGACAAGAACUUGAUCGACCCGGCGGUGAGUUGAUGGAAUCUCUAUGUCACUGAUCAGUGAAUCCAUGCUAACAAAGAAUAUAGAUCUUGCGGCCAGUAGCUCGUCUUGGUGGAAUUACAUACGCUCGCACACUCGAAGGGAUGGAACUGCCCAGACCCGACUGGGAGGAGUACAAGAACGAGGCAGAAGCCAGGGGUAUUGUCAAACCCAAAGCCGACGGACAGUAA